AGUUAAUUGAGUAUCAUGUCUGCAGAGUGGGAAGGUCGCUCGGAAUCACCCAGCCCCGGGGGUUUACUGUAAUCACUGAGUAGUGAGGCAUGCUCUUUCGUCGUAAACUGUGAUCCAGGAGUCAGGGUACCGGUAUUAUCACAACGUUUAUGGGAUAGCAAUCGAGAAGUAAAGGGGAAAAGGGAGAGUUAAGGAAGGGCAGACGAGUGAAAGGGCACGAUGGUGAAAUGGAGGGGGUGGAUGUUUGGAUCGUAUAAUACAGUACGACUGAAUCCGCCUCAUUUGACUAUCGCAGCUUAUCCCAAGAUCUCCCCAACCAGGACCUCGCCGCAAAAGCGGCAGCACCAAGGCACCCCGCAUCCCUCCCUCUCGCAGCAUAGAUAUCCAUCCUCCACUCUGUCUGCCUGCCCCCCCGCUUGCUGCAUAAGAGGAAGAGGUAUCCAACUGUAUGCACCAUAUGUAACGUCUGUGGCUCGCUCCGCUACCGACGCUUCGGAACCCCCUAGAACAGACGAAAUCCAAUUAUCUCUCCCCUUUCCUCCAGCUUGACCUCACCCCGCACCAGCCAACCAAGAAGAACUUUUUUAUUUUUUCUUCCAUUUCAAACCCACUCUAGCGCAUCACCCUCAUAACCUACAAUGGAAAGCUAAAACACGCGCAAACUAGAUAACUCACACAUACACCUUCAACCUUGUCGUAGCAAGACAACACUUUAUCCUGACCUGACACACACGGUGACACACCUAGCCUAAACCUAACGCUCGAGAGAGAGAUAGCUCACCUUACCUCACCUCUAAACCUACCUACUCUGCUCGAGGACUUACCUACCCUCCAACGUAUCCCUCUAUUCACCUAUCUCGGAUAGCUCUAGCGACGGCGCUGAAUUGCGACCUACCUACACCACUCAAUCGACUAAUCCCCCGAGAAACGAACGAAAGACAGAGAAGAGCACAUGUAACCACCAAUGGACCCCCCAACAGACCACACCCUACACAUCUCCCGCGAAGACCUUAACUACCUAACAGCGACCCAACGCCGACUCCACCACAACCGUCACCAGCAUAACCACCCAUCAACCCCGUCCUCCUCCUCAACCACCAAUACUGCCAACAGCGGCGGUUCUCUGAGCCUAGACCCCCAGGCACUCGCUGCGCUAUCGAACCAUUUUGAUGCGCUGUUGGCGGCGAUCACGAAUCGUGUUGAGACGUUGUCCGCGCAAACGGUCCGGAGUACGCAAGCGUCUCAUCGGCGAGCAGGGGGUGUCGUGGAAGCUGCUACGGUCGAGAUAGAAACGCUUAGGGAUGUGCUUAGGCAGUGCGACGAGCUGCAGAAUGAGUUCCUGAAGAUUCGGAGGAUUGGUGAGAUUGUCAAAGGGUUUAGGGCUAGGGUUGAUGCCCUGGAGAGGAGGAUCGGGAAGUAAAUCAUACUUUUAUGAUCAUAGAAGGGCUUCUUAUUUAGGUGAAGGCGGGGGGGCUAUAUUUCCUGUCUCUGUUCUUGUCUCUUUUGGCUUAUAUUUCUACUUUCCGAUAGAUGAUGGGGUGGGUAUUCCU